GUUUGGCUCUGAUGACGACGGCCUCCAGCUGAGAUCCUUGCUAGCCCUCCGCCGACACUCGUCUGAGUUGCGGGAGCUGAGAGCGACGCCGCCCACUGCAUGCGCGGUCGCUGCUGGGUCCAGUCGCCUGCAGCUGGUCGCCUGUCGUGCACCUCCUCUGCGGAAGGCUAUUGGGGCUGCAGACUGGCGGCACGGCCAUAAUAUACGACUUCAAGACAUAAGCGCACGCCCUGCCCGCCAUGUCUGGCCCGCUGCCUCCAGUGCAGACGCGCUGGCUGCCCGACGAUGAGAAGCCGCUGCCUCAGCUCCCGAGUCCGACGUUGAGCAACAUCGAUAUGGUGCUGCCCAUCCACAGCAAUGGGGGGGCCGCCGUUACGUCCCCACCACGCGCGAUGCAACGCCCACCGAGUCCGAGCUACUUGCGCGACACGAAUCAGGAGCACAACUACCGUGCGGGGGCCAUGGGCAAGAAAGAAAAGUUGGGCUUGAUGAGUCGCAAGAUGAUGCUGCUCAGGAGUCGGACAGGCAGCAACGGAGGCGUGGUUCGUGCUGCUUCGUCGCAGUCGCAGACAUCAAUCGAUUUCGUGCCCUCGUCACCCGUGCUGCAGGAUGUGGGCAACCUCGCACCCGAGCAAUCGGGAGCGGAAUUCCUGCAGCUGCCCGAGAAGGAGCGACGCAGAGCCAGCGGUAGUUCAUCCAGCGGCCUCUCUGGCAUGACGGCAUUCCUCGAAAAGUAUGGAAAGGCCAGCGACGAGGAUACGCUGUACGACAGCAGCGAGCAUGUCACUCCCGCGAGGACCGACAGACGGACGAGCGUCGAUGUGGGGGGCAGACCCAGCUUGGAGGAAGACCCAGAGGAAAUGAGGCGACGGCAACAACAGGAAGAGUACGAGUCGGCCAUUCUGAGCAAGCGGGCGGAGGAGAUUCUUGCCAAUGCCAAAAAGCGACUCAAUGUCAUGGAGGGCAACUUGCGGGGCGCUCGAGACCUCGUGCAGCCAUUGACUGCUGCCAAUCUGAAGCGAGCCACUUCAAUGUCGGGGGCAAUAUACGGCAAUGGGCGGACGCUGCGGUACGACUACGAUGAUGAACAGACCCAGUCUUCACCACGCAGACUGCACAGCCAACACUCUUCACCGCAGAUGAACCACGACUACCAAAAUUCUGACCGCACUGGGGCUGCUCCGCUACCAGAUCGACCUUACACAUCCUUGGAUAUUCGACCACAAUAUAUGGCAACACCCCCAAUGAACCUACGGAAUCCGCUUCGAUCUGCCCAACAGACGCACGAACGCAAUUUGCGUUCUACUCGGAGUCACGAUCAGCUCAUGACUAACGGUAGCUACAGCGCUGGUCGAUCCUUCUACAGUGGGCCAUCUCCAAUCCCGGACCACCUUGAGCCCUUGACCGAGGACGAAGAGCGACACGUGCAGCAAACGAUCUCGCAUACACCUUCUUCUAGUAUAAAUAAUGGCCUUGGCAUAUAUCGACCAUCUUCUCGGACUUCAGAACUGCGAGACCAAAUGUCGAGCUUGAAAGGGAAAAUAUCUACGCUUAAAGAGCGCGCUCGCGAAGACAGCCUUCGACGAAACAGUCAAUCGAAUCUCCGACAUCAAUCUCCGUUCAACAAUGCAGCGACUACGCCUCCAGAGAUGUUCUAUACACCUCCGGCGACAGAUUACCCCAUUAACCAACAUGCUAGUGCAGGCAACAGUCCCGCCUUGCAGACAUUCGACACCUUCACCGGGAGCCGCAACGCCUUUGCUGAACAAGAAUACGAACGCGCGAGACGGCGGAAACGAGCGACCAGCAAGACGAUCGAAAGCAAGACUCACAUACCGUUACAACUGCAAGGUCAUCGAAGAACCGCCAGCGGAACUGCCAUCGUAGAAUCAGCAAAGAAUCGCUAUUCUCACCACCAGCACAACAACAGCAGCAGCAGUCAAGUGAGUCAGAAUGGUGGAAUGGUGAUAGAUCUACCCUCGGCACAUAUGGUCGAGCACGAGUAUCUGCAGGUUCCGCAACCAAAUUCCUCAAGUGACGAGAGUCCACAGUCUUCAUCCGACGAAGCAUUUCCACGAUCGGAUGAGGAAUACGAGCAAUACGAGCCUUCGGAAGCGGACGCGAGUGUCUACGAAGACGCAAAGGAGCAGAUGAAUGUCGUCGCACAUGAAGACCGCGAAGAUGCGUUUGACUAUGAACACUUCUUCCUUCAUAGCGCGAUGGGCAACUAUAGCACUGAUCGAAGAGACUCCCAGUCCAGUGUGGAGUCAGAAGAUUCGGUCGAGACGGCAAGAGGUCCUGCAUUGGUAGGAUAUGAUGAAGAUGACGAGUUUGAUCAAAUGGCUGGCGAUCUACCACCGACUCCGCAAACGCCGGAGAGAUUGAGAGAAAUUGAGCGAAACCUACACAAACGAUCACGCUCGACGGGAAGUGCGACUACCAUGCACACCUUCGCAACUGCACAUGAGGAGGCGCAAGAUGAUGACGAGGAGGGAGAUGAAUAUGAGGAGGACGAAGAAGCACCAGAGGAGCCCGGAACGGAGCCAGUAUCACCGAUGGAGGAGCCCGUGCAGUACAAUGGCACCUACUCGUCAGGACAGCGCUCGGUCUCACCACUCGAACCACCCGUCGAGCACCAUCCAAGAACACACGUCAGAGCAGAAUCGUACACCCCACAAGCCUCGCACGCAACAUACCACACCGCCGGCAGAUAUCAACGAAAUGUGCAGUCAGCCCAAGCGAUUGUUCAUCCCGACACCUUAUCCGAACGUGCAGACUCGGGUGUGAGUAUUACAAGCCGCAACGACCACCGACGCCAGCAACCGCCUACUUCCAUGUUCUACAAACAUGGUGGCAAACUUUCCAAUGCAAGCGCGAUCAGCACACCGCCAUUGUCUCCUCACGACGCGCUGACCAAGAUGGAUCCCACGACGAUUGCGGUGCAGGCGUUGCUUGACCCGAACGGCAGACAGCUCGGCUUGAGGAAUAAAGCUGUCUUGUUCGGCGUGGUAGAGAGUCUCCGCAAGAUUGUUCGACAAAUGCAAGAAGAAGACGAUGCUACUUUUGCAAGUCGGAUGUUGCGCAACACACUUGAUGAGGCGAAGAGGACAUUGGAUGGCUUAUGAGGAUGAGGAAGACGGAGAAUGCGCCGACCUGACGAGGUUUGUUGUGCUCUGCAGGUGGCGUCGACGCAUGCCAUUCUUUCUUACCUUUCGCAUUUCUCGCAUUUCUCCCAACAUCUGGAGACUUCGGCUCUUCUGCAUCAGCGUUCGAGCGGAUUCGAUCUUUUGCCUCAUGAGAGACACCUUCACUUUUUUCGCGAUUUGAUUUUGGAUUUGGAUUGGAAUAUACCCCUGAACGAUAACUAACUUAUCGGAUGCGUUUGCGGAGAGGGC